UUAAAUACUUGCUUUCGUUACAAUAAAAUUUCAAGUCAAAAUUUAUGUUUUCUCUGUAUACAUGUCAUGCCAUAAGGAAGAAAUUGAAUUGAACAUACGAUCAACUGCAAAGAUGAGACAUGCGCAGUAACGUGCUAUUACACUUUUCUAAUAUGUUCAGUAUUCUUUUACACACACACACAGUAACAUGGCGUCGGGAUUGAUUUUUUUGAGCAAAAAUUAAUUCUUUUUUGAAGAAAUUCUAAGUGUUUGACUAUUGUAAGCAGUACAACAUUCAAAGAUUGCCAAAACAGAUCGUAAUCAAAAGAAAAAAUUGAAUAAACGUUUUAGAAAAGUUUAUUCAAAGUGGACUCUUCCUUCCGAAAACGUGUGUAAAAAAAGAAAAGUAUUUUUUUUUUGUAAAAAAAAAUAUAUACUUGUAGUAAAUACAUGUUAAUGUUUAAAGAAUUUCUAAUUUUGUAUAAAAACAACAACCUGACUAACUAAUCCAUAAGAAACUGAACGAACUGAAGCAGGUUGCGGAAAUCGAUCCACACAAUCAAACCAGGGCGUGCUCAAUACUGAAAUUUAAUUAAACAAAUUGUACAAUGCUUUAAAAGUCUUGGCAAUAUAUAUAAUAAUAGGAAAAAUAAUAUAUAUGAAUACCAUUUUCAUCAAGUCUCCCUGACCAAACUUCAAUCAAAUUGUAAAAACGAUAAAACCAACGAAUUGAAGGAAAUCAUGAGACAAAUUCAAAUUUAAAGUGAAUAUUUUAUCGGCCCAUCCCAGAACACCAAAAGAACAUCCAACACUAUAAAAAUGCUAAGCUGAUUACAUACAUCUGUAAUAUUGUUCGAGCCGCAUGAAGAAAACCUACUUGUGAUUUUUUUAAGCAACUGUUGUCAUCUAUAGAGUUAUCAAAAACAAAAAAAAAGCCAAAUUCAAUUCUUUUUAAGAAUUAUGCACCUUAUUCCAGUAGAAAUUAUGCCCGCACAUAAGAGUAACCAUUGCUUCCAAAAGUAAACAGAAAAACGUCAUCAAGUUCAAGAAAAUACAAACUAUUUCAAUCAAUAUUAUAACAAUAAAUUUAGUGUUCUUGCCACAAAAAUUGCUGAUUUGUUAAUAACAUAAAGCUACAAGAAACUUGUUAAAUUAUUUUUAAAAGUUAAAACAUAGAUGUCCAAGUAAAGAUACCUUAAAUAUCAAAUUAGAAACAAAAAUUGACCUAAACAUUUAUUGAAUAACGAGAAACACGUGUACAGCAAUAUUUCAAAAUGGUUCUAAGUAAAACUGCAAACGGAAUGACAUCCACUUUAGAAGCGCCACUCGAGAACUAUGUUCCUGUUGCAGACUUUUACAACAACAGGAGUGUAUUUAUAACAGGGGGUACAGGGUUCAUGGGAAAGGUUUUGGUUGAAAAAUUAUUAAGAUCAUGUCCAGGAAUAAAAAAUAUAUACUUGUUGAUUAGACCGAAGAGAGGUCAAGAAAUCACAACUAGACUAAGUGAACUUCUGAACAAUCCAUUAUUCGAUAGACUUAGAAAAGAACAGCCAAAUGUACUCAACAAAGUCAUACCAAUUUAUGGUGAUAUCACAUUAGAGGAAUUAGGUAUAUCCGAAAGUGAUCAGCAACUUCUCUGUAAGAAUGUUUCGAUAGUCUUUCAUUCUGCAGCAACUGUGAAAUUUGACGAGAAGCUCAAAUUGUCUGUUACUAUUAAUAUGUUAGGCACGAAGAGAUUGGUAGAACUUUGUCAUCGUAUGAACUCACUAGAUGCCCUUGUGCAUGUCUCUACAGCAUACUGCAACUGCGACAAACCUGAAGUGGCAGAGAUCAUAUAUGCACCUCCCUAUUGCCCAGAUGACAUAAUUGCGCUGAUAAAUUGGUUGCCGGAGGAGAUGUUGGACAAAAUAACGCCUUCAUUGAUUGGAAAAAGACCAAACACGUACACAUUUACAAAAGCUUUAGCAGAACACAUGCUCCACAAAGAAGCUGGAAAUUUACCUGUUGCUGUUGUUAGACCAUCCAUCGUUCUGUCCAGCUUGAACGAACCGUUAGUAGGAUGGGUUGAUAACUGGAAUGGUCCCACUGGAAUAGUGUCAGCAGUAGGAAAGGGUCUAUUUAGAACAAUUAUGUGCAAAGAAAAUGUGAUAGCAGAUUUGGUACCGGUUGAUAUUGUCAUAAACUUGAUGAUUACUGCUGCAUGGAAAACAGCACUUUCUAAGCAAUGUGGCUUGAAUAUAUAUAAUUGCUGUACUGGUGAACAAAAACCUAUUUCGUGGGGGCGUUUUGUUAAUUUAUCUAUAGAAAAUAUGAGAAAGCAUCCAUUAGAGGGAGUUUUGUGGUAUCCAACUGGUGUUCUUAGACAAAAUCGAUUUAUAAACACUAUUCACGGUACACUAGUUCAUUACAUUCCUGCUUACAUUUUGGAUAUUAUUGCACGUGUUGCUGGACGUAAACCAAUAAUGGUUAAAGUUGAAGAUAAACUAGCGAAAGCUGUUGAUUGUUUGGAAUAUUUUACAACACGCCAGUGGAAUUUCAAAAACGAUAAUGUUCGAAAACUAUCACAAAUUUUAGACGCAAAGGACCGAGUUGACUUUCAAAUCGAUGUAUCUAAGUUGGAGUGGGAAGAUUACGUUGAAAAAUAUGUCCUUGGCUUCCGAGAAUUUUUAUUUAAACAAAGUCCUAACACUUUACCUGAUAGCAGAAUAAAACUAAGAAGGUUGUACAUUUUGCAUCAAUUUUCAAAGUUGUUAAUGGUUAUGCUUUUCUGGCGAUUCUUGAUGAAACGAUCAAAAUUGUUGCGCAAUUCAUGGAAUAAAUUUUUACAAAUGAUUUUUAGUCUUUUUCGCAUGUUACCUAUACUAUAA